GUACUGUUAGUGUGAGCUCUCAUACUGCCCUGCAAUGUUCUGUCUUUGGAGCUGUGUGCUGCUGCUGCUGUUCCACAUCUCUACGGCAAUAGAUACCUACCCCCAUCAAUACUACCACAACGAUCUCACCACAUUUCAACAUUUACUUUGCGACCAGUGUCCACCGGGAGAAUAUGUCAAACAUGACUGCACCGUGGACCAAAAAACGCAAUGCACGCCAUGUCCAUCCCAUCAUUACACCGACACAUGGAACUCUAACCACGAAUGCCAGUUUUGCAGUGCCGUGUGCAAAGAACUUCAGUACGUAAAGCAAGAAUGCAACGGAACUCACAACCGGGUCUGUGAGUGUAUGAAAGGACAUUAUUUGUACUUAGAAUUCUGCGAUUCUCAUACACAAUGUCCUCCUGGUUUUGGUGUGGCGCAGUUAGGGACACCAGACAGUGACACAGUUUGUAAAAAAUGCCCAAAGGGAACAUUUUCUGAUGUGACUUCAGCAAGUGCCCCGUGCCAAAAACACAGGGACUGUGAAAAGUUGGGUCUUAAAACUAAAAAUAAAGGCAAUUCGGAAAGUGAUGUACAAUGUGAGGAGAACACGCCAGAAUCCACACCUAACUGUGAAUUAGAUGUGACGCUUUGUGAAGAAGCGUUAUUUCGGUUCUCUGUUAAUGUCCCAAAUUGGCUAACUAUUCUCGCACAGGGGUUACCUGGUGCUAAGGUGAUGGCUCAACAGUUAUCAAGGAUUAAACAAAGUUACAAUCCCGAAGAUCAGCCCUUUUAUCUCUUUAAAUUAUGGAAGGAACAGAACAAAGCACAGUAUCCCCUAUUUCACUUCAUUCAAGGCAUCGAAGUUUGCGAAAAGGGAGUCUUAAAACAUGUCAGAAACUUAAAUUUGACGGUCACAGACCUAACAGAUUUAAUGCGAAGCUUACAUGGAAAGAAGAUUGAAAAAGAUGACAUAGAAAAUACCGUAAAGACAUGUGACCCACCAAAACAAAUACUUAAGCUUCUAAAUCUUUUCAGAAAUAAAAAUGAAGGAAAUACUUUAAAAAUUCUAAAUCUACUAAAAACACGCCAGCUUAAGAAACCGUUGCGUCGACGGAUGAAAAAAUUGAAGCUGUUUCUGAACAGUGACUCCAUGUACAGAAUGCAUCAAAAAUUUGUAGAAAAUAUUGUUAAUCAGGCACAGCCAGAUAAGCUGAACUCUUCAUAAAGAAUCCCAGAUAACCAUUUGUAUUUUCAUAAAAGCCCUACGAAUGAAAGAGUUACAUUUGCACUCCAACCUAUCACUCAAAGAAUUAAACAUGUCAUUCUGUUUUAGCAGUGUUUAUAACUGGAAUUUUUCUCUGGUAUCUAUAAGCUUGUUAUUUAUGACUAUAUUGCAUAGUAUUUUUUUUUACAUGUAAGGGUACAUUCAUUAUACAGUGAAUAGUGUUAUAUUAAAGACUGAACUGCAACAUUUGGGGAAAUAUUGACAAGUUAAAGUAUCAAACUCAAAAUUGUUGCUUGUUAGAUAUAUUGGCCUC